AUGGGUCUUUUUCCACUUUUGUCGUGUUUCUCUAUCAAUGAUCCAGGGGAAAACAGACUACUCGGGACAACAACCUUCAACAUCCUGGAAGAACUUUGCACCCACUUUUCACUUGAAGAGAUAAAGUCAGCAGUGAGAAACAUCAAGAAACCUUCGGUGAUUGGAGAAGAUUCAUUCGGGGUUGUGUACAAAGGUUAUCUGAAAAAAGGUGCUACCACUGUUGCAAUUAAGUGGUUCAGGAAGGGUUCUCUUUCUGGUCUCUCAGAGUCUCAGUUGAAGAACGAGGUUCUCUUCCUUUGUCAGCUCCACCACCCCAACAUCAUGCCUUUAAUUGGAUUUUGCAUUGAAAGAGACCACCCCCAUCUGAUUCUUGUCCAUGAAUACAUGCUUAACGGUGCCCUCAGUGAUCACCUUCAUCCUAAAAGCAAUCACAAAGUUGAUCCACUACCGUGGAAAAGGAGGCUUCAAAUUUGCAUUGGUGUUGCACGUGGAUUGCACUAUCUACACACAGGAGGCUUGUUGUUGUCCAAAAGGGGAAGUAUUGAUGUCGCAAAUUCAUCUCUUGUUGCUAGAAACCAUGACACUUUCGCAUAUUGUGAUCCUGAGUAUUUGGCAACCGGCAUCUUGACUGUGAAAUCAAACGUGUUUUCAUUUGGGGUGGUUCUAUUGGAAGUGAAAAAAUAG